AUGUUUCGCCUCAAAAAAUUAUUUAUACUAGUACUUGCACUGGCUAUAGGUGGAGAAGGAGGAGAAUUUGGACGGGAAAAAAAAAGAGGUAGAGACACGAAAUCUAUCUAUCUAUCUGUUUAUCUACCUAUCUAUCGAAGUCUAUCUAAGUCUAUUUAUUAUCUAAGUCUAUCUAUCUGUUUAUCUAUCUAUCGAAGUCUGUCUGUCUAUCUAUUAUUUAUUUAUUGUCUAUCUAUCUGUUUAUUUAUCUAUCGAUGUCUAUUAUCUAAGUCUCUCUAUCGGUUUAUCUAUCUAUCGAAUCUAUCUGUCUAUUAUCUAUUUAUUGUCUAUCUAUCUGUUUAUCUAUCGAUGUCUAUCUAUUAUCUAAGUCUCUCUAUCUUCUAUCUGUUUAUCUAUCUAUCGAAGUCUAUUUAUUAUCUAAGUCUAUCUAUCUAUCUGUUUAUCUAUCUAUCGAAGUCUAUCUGUCUAUUAUCUAAUUUAUCUAUCUGUUUAUCUAUCUAUCGAAGUCUAUCUGUCUAUUAUCUAAGUCUAUCUAUCUAUCUGUUUAUCUAUCUAUCGAAGUCUAUCUGUCUAUUAUCUAAGUCUAUCUAUCUAUCUAUCUGUUUAUCUAUCUAUCUAUCGAAGUCUAUCUAUCUGUCUAUUAUCUAA